AUGGGCAAGGACGACGGAUUCAAGGAAGGUGACGCGAAGAAGGGUGCCAACCUCUUCAAGACGAGAUGCGCUCAGUGCCACACUGUCGUCGAGUCGGAAGGCAACAAGAUCGGCCCUAACCUGCACGGUCUCUUCGGCCGCAAGACUGGUUCCGUCGAGGGCUACUCCUACACAGAUGCCAACAAGCAAAAGGGCAUCACGUGGGACGAGAACUCUCUGUUCGAAUACCUCGAGAACCCCAAGAAAUACAUUCCUGGCACCAAGAUGGCCUUCGGUGGUCUGAAGAAGGCCAAGGACAGGAACGACCUGAUCACCUGGCUGCGUGACAACACGAAGUAA